AUGCCAGUUCUGUUUGUAUGUGCGUUUACCAUCACCGCACUUCUCUCAGUGCUUGCUGUCCAUUUGGUCAAGCAACGUCGCCAUUACUAUAACAACAAUAUCCAGAAUAUCGACGAUAUUGAAGGAAAGAGCAGCCUUGCAUAUCAGGAACUCUGUCGCCAACGAAUCGCGCAAGAUCCACCCGGAUCUGGACGCGCAAGCAAGAGCUCAUCCACAUCAAGCUGGGGAGAGGAAGCAAUUCAACAAUCUGGUAUCGAUAUCUCUACUGGUCAUGUGAUUCUGAACUUCUUGCAAGAAUGCCUUGCUGAUCCGACAAAGAUUGAAGCACAAUGGGAUGCGAUUCGUGAUUACCGUAAUACCGACAAGCAUACGACGACUGGCACUGAACAUCCACAUCGUAACAGGAGCGUCGUGCCAUUCGACGAAAGCCUUGUGCCAGUUGACUCAUGGGAGGAAGGCAAAAAGGAAUACCUGAAUGCCAGCUUCAUUUACGACGAUGAUCCACGCCAGCCAGUCUACAUUGCUGCACAGACACCGAAAGCAGAGGACAUUGCAGCGUUUUGGCAAGCUAUUUGGCAACAUGGAGUAUGCUUAAUCGUGAAUCUGUCGACCAUCGAAGAAGGAAAACAGGAGAAGUGUUAUUGGCCCGAAUCUGGCGCAGAAGUCCACGGUCCAUUCGAAAUUCAUCUUGUGUCCGAGCACAUUUGGAGCGACGAUUACCUCGUGCGUUCGUUCUACUUGAAGAACCUGCGCAACGGUCAGACACGAACAAUCACGCAGUUCCACUACAUGUCGUGGAAACAAGGCGAAACACCAGCUAGUCCAAAGAGUCUUUUGGAAUUCAGACGGAAAGUGAACAAAUCAUAUCGCGGACGAGCAUCACCUGUACUGGUGCAUUCAUGGGAAGGUGCAGGACGAACGGGUGUCUUCUGUGCAGUGGACAUGCUUUGCGCACGA